GCGGUGCAUUGUGGGACGGGACAUGGCGGCCUUGGGAGUGCGGCGGGCGGCGGCGGCGGGGCUCCUGCGCCCCCAGAGCCUCGGGCUGUUGAGGGGUCUGCUCACCCCCCCCCCGCUGCAGCAGAUCCCACAGGCCAAGUCAGAACAUGCCAAGGCCGAGGGCUCAUUCCAGGUGACAAUGCUGCCGGGUGAUGGUGUCGGCCCCGAGCUCAUGCACGCGGUCAAGGAGGUGUUCAAGGCUGCCAGUGUCCCAGUGGUGUUCGAUGAGCACCACCUGAGUGAGGUACAGAACAUGGCAUCGGAGGAGAAGCUGGACGAGGUCAUCGACUCCAUGAAGGAGAGCAAAGUGGCUCUCAUAGGGAAGAUCCACACCCCCAUGGAGUACAAGGGGGAGCUGGCAUCCUAUGACAUGAGGCUCAGGCGCAAGCUGGAUCUCUUUGCCAACGUGGUGCAUGUCAAGAGCCUCCCUGGGUACCAGACUCGCCACAACAACCUGGACCUGGUGAUCAUCCGGGAGCAGACAGAGGGCGAGUACAGUGCCCUGGAGCACGAGAGCGUUCGCGGUGUCAUCGAGUGCCUGAAGAUCAUCACCCGCGCCAAGUCCCAGCGCAUUGCCAAGUUUGCCUUCGACUAUGCCACCAAGAAGGGACGUUCCAAGGUGACCGCAGUGCACAAGGCCAACAUCAUGAAGCUGGGCGAUGGGCUCUUCCUGCAGUGCUGCAAGGAGGUGGCUGAGCUCUACCCCAAGAUCCAGUUUGACACCAUGAUCAUUGACAACUGCUGCAUGCAGCUGGUGCAGAACCCAUACCAGUUUGAUGUCCUGGUCAUGCCCAACCUCUAUGGCAACAUCGUGGACAACCUGGCUGCAGGGCUGGUCGGUGGUGCCGGCGUCGUGCCCGGUGAGAGCUACAGCGCCGAGUACGCCGUGUUUGAGAUGGGCGCCCGGCACCCGUUCGCACAGGCAGUGGGUAGGAACAUUGCCAACCCCACAGCCAUGCUGCUGUCAGCCACCAACAUGCUGCGGCACCUCAACCUGGAAUUCCACUCCAACCUCAUCUCGGAUGCUGUGAAGAAGGUGAUCAAAGGUGGCAAAGUUCGGACUCGGGACCUGGGCGGUUACUCCACAACCUCUGACUUCGUCAAGUCCGUCAUUGACAGUCUGCACCCCCACUAUGGGGCAUAGGAGCAUCCCCCCCCCCCCGGACCCACAGCAGCACCCACAGCCCCCCCUGUGCCCCACAGCUCAAAGGGACCCACACAGGGACCACCUAAGGACUGUGGUUGCUGUGGGCACCUCUGCCUGCAGCAGCUUCAGCCCUGACUGGGACCAUGGGGCACAGAGCAAGGACCCCCCCAUUCCAGCACAUUCCCAUGGGCGCUGGGGAGGGAUGGGGCUCCCAGUCCAUCCCAGCCCAUACUGGGACCAGUUCCUGUGCUGGGGUUUGCUGGGAGCAGCCCCCAGCACUGGAGCAUCCCCAGAUUCCACUGGGAGCCAAGGGGCAGGGGCCAGAGCUUGCCCCACAUGGGGCAGUGGGACCAUGGUGGGGACCACGGUGGCUGAGGCCUGCAUGUGUGUGUGUACAUGUGUGUACCUGUAUGUACACGUGUAUACGUGUGUGUACAUGUAUGUACAUGUGUGUACAUGUAUGUAACGUGUCUGUGUGUGUAAGAGCAUUGGGGCCACGCGCUUGCUGCUGUGCACUCGUGUCUGCAAUAAAGGGUCCAAAGCUUCCCCA